AUGCGCUUUCCGAGAAUCUAUCUUUCCGUUGUGCAUCCAAUAGAAGGCGAAAGCAGUGGAGAUGGAAUCUUGGAUUAUGUUUUUGUGCGAGAUACCCACGGAGAAAAGAUGCGUUUUUUCAUCAGUAUGUUGUGCGCUACAGUUCUGCAUACCUUUGUUGAAUACGAGAAGUGUGAUGCCAGCUCUUCUGCCACUAGUCAAGAAUGCUUCCUUGUACACCAUAUGACCUGCGCUUGGGAAGUUGGAGAUGGGAAGAUCGUUAAUCUAGCGCCAUUGAUAUAUUCGAGUACCGAAAGGAUCGAAAGGGGCUUCGUUGUAAAUGGUACACCUCAUGGAAAAUAUGAUCAGUACUAUUCGUACGCCUAUAAUCCAUGCAGAUGGAUCAGUUUAGCCGGUGACUGUGAUCGGGAUAAAGAAACAGCAAUAUGUAGGUGGACUCCAAACAACGAUAAUCCUGACAAUUAUUGGUCAAUUGGAAAUCAAAUACCAAACUGUACCAAAGAGAGCAAUGGUAUUCGACUAACCUACAACGCAGGGGGAAGGGAUCUUGAAGGUCGAAUAUCCAUUGUCCACUUUAAGUGCGAUCGGACCAAAGAAGACAUCAAAGAUGCAACCUUGAAAGUAAUCAAUGAAGACGAUUGGGAAUUUGAGCUAGAUCACUUGUGCAGUUGUGGGAAUGCUUGUGUUUUGGGAUCAUCUCUCAUCCCAGCAGCGAAGGAACAUCCGUACAUUAUUGUGGAAAUUGUGGUUCCAACCGCUGGGAUGAUUGCGCUGGUGGUCCCAGCAGGGCUUUUUCUAUGGUGGAAAAAGAGGUGGAACAGGAGGAGGAACAACAACAACGCCCAAGGAAAUGGUGAGAGGCAACCACUGCACCAAGACGGCCCAGGCCAGGACGGUCCCCAUAUAAUCUGCAAUAUACCCUAUGGCUCAAACUUGGAAGCGAGGCCGGCACCCGUUGCUUCAUCACAGAGCAAAAUCGACAACCUCAGAGGCUUAACUAUUGGAGUGCCUAGUAUCUCAAGGACCCUUUGAGAUACCUUCCUCCAAAAAGAUAUUUAUUGGUUACUUUAUUCGGCAAAAAAAAAAUUUAAACAUUGACCUUGUUAACGCCUAAAACAAUUUUGUAUCUUACGUUCGUGAUCUUUUAGCUGUAAACAGACAUCAUUUAAUAGGGGGAAGGGGUCUUGUCAGUAAUUUAGUAAUUUGUCGUUAAUUUUGUUAUUCUUAACUGUUCAACACUACAUGUGUCAACUAAUAUUGACGCUGAUUAUGAAUGUAUGCUCAAUCUUAAGAACAUCGAACACAAUAUUAGUGUUGUUAUAAUAGUAGUUAGAUUAUGGAUUUUUAGUAUUGAAAAGGUGUUAACAUUGAAAAUAGCUUUGGUAUUGCUUGUCAAGUUGGAUUUGUUGUAUUUUUCGUAUUAUAGGUAAUUUUUGUAUUGUAAAUAACGUCUGAAUUGUAAUUAAUUUGUAUUUUGCUGACUGAGCAGUGCCUAAGAAAAGUCUUACUGAUAAUCUUUUACUAUUUUUGUGUAGCUCAUCAUCCAUCAAAUAUUUUUCCCUCGCACGCGAUUGCUCGGAACGCGAUAAACAAGGUUAAUUCAGGGUGGAAAAGUGUUAUGCUCUUGCUGCAGGAGAAGAAUGACCAUUAAUAAAGUCAUAGUGCAGAACACCGAAAA